AUGGCUGCUGAUUCAAAUGAUACUCGGCGUGAUAUCGUCGUCAAGAUCGACGGCGAAGACAAUGAGUCAAGCAACAAUGGCGAAGGAGGCAAGUUCUGGAGAGAAUCAAGUUACAACUUCUGGCACGGUGAUCAGAAAGAGAAGAACGGUAAACCCCACGGCGGAGACGACGGAAGCUUUGACUUCAUGCACCGGAGAAACGAGAAAACGGCGGAGGCAGAUCCGCCGUCAAAGCUCAUAAACCAGUUUCUCGACAAACAAAAAGCCGCCGGCGACGAAAUCUCUCUCGACAUGGAACCGAACAUGCCCGAGCUUCAAAGCAACACGGUCUCUCCCUCGCCUGUUACCGGUUCCGCUUCACCGGGGGGUUACCGUAACGAAACGGUUGACGCCGUUAGACGGAGACAUAACAGAGUGACGUUAUCUCCGUCUGUUAAAGAGAGUGACAGCAGCGAAGAAGACGAAAACAGAGUGGAUGAGUCAGAGGUUGUGAAGUGCAGCUCGAACAGGUCGUUGAGGACCAAGACUCUGAUGAAGAUGAAGACGAGAUCCAGACUCAUGGAUCCUCCGACGCCGUCGUACCCGGAGAUGGUUUCGGGUCGGACUCCAAAGUCCGGGCUUUUGAAAACCGGGAAAAACACUAAACCGGGAACUCCGGUUCAAGAUUUGGAAGAAGAGGAGGAUCCGUUCUCGGAGGAGGACUUUCCAGAAGGUUACAAGAAGGAUAAGCUCAAUCUUGGGAUCGUCGUGGAAUGGAUUUUUCUGAUUCUGAUCAUAGCCGGUUUGAUUUGUAGCCUUGUGAUACCUUUCUUGCGCGGCAAGAAACUGUGGAACCUAGCUUUGUGGAAAUGGGAAGUGAUGGUUCUCGUCUUGAUAUGCGGGAGGCUGGUGUCUAGCUGGAUAGUGAAGAUAUUCGUCUUCUUCGUCGAAAGCAACUUCAUGCUGAGGAAGAGGGUUUUGUACUUCGUCUACGGGAUUCGAAAGCCGGUACAGAACUGUCUCUGGCUAGGGCUUGUUUUGAUCGCGUGGCAUUUCUUGUUCGACAAGAAAGUAGAAAGAGAGACGAAUACCACGGUGCUUAAGUACGUGACUAAAGUUUUGGUCUGCUUACUAGUUGCUGUUAUCAUCUGGCUCAUAAAGACGUUACUAGUUAAAGUCUUAGCUUCGUCUUUCCAUAUGAGUACUUACUUCGAUAGGAUUCAGGAGUCUUUGUUUACUCAGUACGUGAUUGAGACUCUCUCUGGACCUCCUCGUGUCGUGAUUCAUAUAGAAGAGGAGAAAGCAGCCAACGGUAUGGGUGGUGCUAAGCAAUCUCCUCCUGGUCCUAAGACGGUUUCUUCGGCUUCACCACAAGUGACCAUUGGAAGUGGGAGGCUGCAGAGGAGCCCGACAAGAGUCGGGAAAAGUCCCGCGCUUUCGCGGAGUGGUUCCAAGAAAGAAGGAGAGGACGAUGGGAUAAGGAUUGAUCAUUUGCAGAGGAUGAAUACUAAAAACGUAUCGGCUUGGAAGAUGAAGAGACUGAUGAAUGUAAUAAGGAAAGGAGCACUUUCUACUUUGGAUGAACAAAUAGACACGAGCACUCACGAAGAUGACAAAGCCACGCAGAUAAGAAGUGAGUUUGAAGCUAAACUUGCAGCAAGGAAGAUUUUUCAGAAUGUUGCUGAGCCUGGUUCCAGGUACAUAUAUAUCGAAGACUUUAUGCGUUUUCUCACUGAAGAUGAGUCUGAAAGAGCCAUGGAUCUCUUUGAAGGAGCUUCUGAGAGUCACAAAAUCAGCAAAUCUUGUCUGAAGAACUGGGUGGUUAAUGCCUUUAGAGAAAGAAGAGCACUAGCUUUAACUCUAAACGAUACAAAAACAGCCGUGAACAGGCUACACCGAAUCAUCAAUGUGUUGGUCAGCAUUGUGAUCGUUAUCAUUUGGCUACUCAUUCUCGGAAUCGCUACAACCAAGUUCUUGCUUGUCAUAAGCUCUCAGCUUCUUCUUGUAGUCUUUGUGUUUGGAAACUCAUGCAAAACCAUAUUUGAAGCUGUCAUCUUCGUCUUUGUCAUGCAUCCAUUUGAUGUUGGUGACAGGUGUGAAAUAGACGGUGUCCAGAUGAUUGUGGAAGAGAUGAACAUUUUGACUACUGUCUUUCUUCGAUAUGAUAAUCAGAAGAUUGUAUAUCCAAACAGUCUUCUCGGUACAAAACCUAUUGCAAACUAUUACCGCAGUCCUGAUAUGCAAGAUGCUAUUGAGUUCUUUGUCCAUAUAGCAACUCCACAAGAAAAGAUAACAGCCUUGAAACAGAGGAUAAUCAGCUAUGUAGAUAACAAGAAGGAUCAUUGGCAUCCAUCACCCAUGAUGGUGUUUAGAGAUAUGUGUGGACUAAACAGUGUGAAGAUUGCGAUGUGGCCAACACAUAAGAUGAAUCACCAAGACAUGGGAGAGAGGUUUGUGAGGAGAGGUCAGUUACUUGAAGAGAUUGGUAGAUCUUGCAGAGAAUUGGAUAUCGAAUAUCGGUUAUAUCCUCUUAACAUCAACGUCAAAAGCAUCCCUCCUGCUGCUCCCAUCACUUCUGAUCGGAUUCCUCUGAGCUGGACUCAACAACGCAACGCUUAAAGAUAUGGAAAAUUUUGAGUUUGUAUUUGUAGAGAGAGUUGAGUGAGAGAGAAUUUUUUCUCUUCUUGCGUUUUAGUCGCUCUCUUUAUUUGUUUUGGCACCUUGAGGGUUCUUGUUUUGAGUGGUUAUAGUCAUCAUCAAAUAAAAGCUUACAUCAU